AUGGCGACAACACCGCAAAAGAUUCCAAUACCCAACUAUCAACAGGCCUGCCUUGCAGCAGACCAAAGCAGCCAGUCGUUCUACCUCGUCGGCUCCUCGACUGUCGGGAACCUGGACGUCUACUUCGUGACAGAUGCCUUUGCCACGCAGGUCAACUAUGUCGCGACACAGAACAAUAUCUACGCUUGGAACUAUGACGCACGCAAGGCCUGUUUCAGAUCUCCCACCUCUAAGAUGACCAAUGGCCCGAUAAAGAUCACACAGUUCGGACUGGCAAAUACCUUCCAUACCAUGGCUUACCCCAGUGGGACAGUAGCUCAACCUGAGUUCUACGAUACACAACCUACUACGUUCGUAUCCCCGAAGCUGUUCGCCUGGUCAGGCCAAAUGGCAAACUACGACCUGUUCACUGUCUUCACCAAUUACAUCUCUCCCGGUUAUUCACAAUGGGCUAGUAACCUCCAGCCCUUCGAGGGAACCAACUCUAGCAGCAUCAACCGGUUUGAUCUAUCGCACUACCCUGCCCCUGAUCCAUUACUCGCUCUCGGAACCUACACACCUUCAACCGGCACCAACUCAACGGGAUAUACUAUUGUCUUUGACAAACUGGGUGAGGCACUUGCUUAUAUCACCACAGGUACCUCCGCCACAAGUCUGACUAAUACUAUCCCGCCCAUGACUCUUUCUCCGAGCAUACGGGUGAAUAUGAGCAACAUUACGCUUACUGAGAACGCGAUCCCUGUUACUAUGACAACCACUGGAUAUAUUCUGGACAGGGCAAAGGACGGUCUCUCAACAGUCAUCUACUCCAUCACACCUGGCAAAUCAUACACCCUCCAAGUAGUCACCAACACUGGUCCCUCACCCCCAUUCGUCAACAACAUGGCCGCCGCAGCGUCGAGUCAAAGUAUUAUCACAUACACAUCACCACAUGGAGCAAACGCGUACUUCAAUAGCUUUGACACAGUCACAGGGACUUGGAGUGGUCAAAACCUUGUUACCUCAGGGAAGAGUAGCAGUAGUGGUGCACCAAUCGGUGCCAUUAUUGGAGGUGUUCUGGGAGGACUGAUCCUCAUCGCAAUGUUUAUCAUCUUUUUCAUCCGACGUCGACGCCAAAACGCCCGCGAAUCUGUCUUCCCUAAACCAGAAAUCGGAAAUACGAUUUCAACCACCAACGCAGACGACAUUAACGGAUCUGGGCUCGGAUAUGUCCAGUACGCACCAGGAUACCCUCUCCCACCAUCUUUCAUCUCGCCACCAUCAGCAUUUAACAGCAUCAACGAUACCAGUCUCAAGGAUUACAGCCCCACCAAUCAUCAUGUAUACGGUUUAAUGUCUGCAGAAUCCGACCUGACAGUGCUGGACCCAACAAAUCCGUAUAGCUCCUCGUAUGUCAGUCCGUACUCUUACCGAGACACCCAGAUGACGAAUACGAGCCAGAUGGUACCCAACAGCCCUGAGAUGCAUCAAGUCGAGCAGCGGAAAUCAAACAGUAGCCUGCGGACGCAAGGACCACAGUACAUUCCUGGCGCCCCUAUUCAGGAGGGGUCGGUUGGGCGGCCACCGCAGGCUAUUGGUGGUACACUUUCUGAUUGUCCUGAGAGCCCAUGA